UGCAAUCCUCUCAGAGUUGCGUUUUCAAUGAUCUGGCAACCAUUAAGAUUUUGAGGAGCAGUCAGGACUGAGAUCGGAACAGGGACAGUGAGAUACCUCCUGCACCAUCAGCAUGUCAGACCAGUGUGAGCAUGUGACAGGAUUAGUGCUGUAAACUCACUCGCUUCUGCAUGACAUAAAAGCUUAAUAUGAAGGCUAAGCCGUGGAGCGUGACACUGCUGAGCUUUGUGGCAUUGUUUCUUUUGAGUGACGUCAGAAGUCAAACCAGAAAAAAACAGACGGACAACCUGACCACUGGAAAUGAAAACGCGGCCACGUGUGUGCUGGACUUGGCCUUCCUCCUGGACAGCUCGGAGAGUGCCAUGCUGUACCGGUUUGAGAAAGAGAAGGACUUUGCAAGCUCGUUUGGCUCCCGCGUGGUGAACAUGCGGGUCCACGGCUGGCACUUGAUGCCCCGCCUCGCCGCUCUGCAGUACAGCAGUUCCGUGUCCGUCGUGAGGAGCUUCUCAGACUGGAACGGUUUGGACGGCUUCCUGAAUGGCGUGACCUCGAUGGCCUACAUCGGGCAAGGUACGUACUCUUCCUACGCGAUCGGGAAUGCCACCGGGCUCUUCAUACGUGAGACUGACGACCGGAGCGUCAGGGUCAUGCUGCUGAUGACCGACGGAUCCGACCAUCCACGGAAUCCCAACAUCCUGGCUGCCACCAACGAGGCCAAAGGUCACAACAUCAGGCUGUUCACCAUCAGUUUGUCGUCACAGGGCAGCCAUAACAACGCCAAGCUCCGAGCAGUGGCUAGCAGUCCGGCGGAGCGUUUCAUGCACAACCUCAAUGAUCCAGACCUGGAGGAGAGACUCCUUCAGGAGCUUGAAAAAGUGGUCCACAAAGAUUGCCCACGAGUGCAAGCGUGUGUGUGUGAGAAAGGAGGCAGAGGAGCUCCGGGAAGCCCUGGGAAAAAAGGAGAUUCUGGUAACGACGGACUGCCGGGACCCAAAGGUGUAAAGGGAGGCACGGGACCGGCAGGACCCCCGGGAAUGGAUGGGCCUGAGGGAAGACCUGGUUACAAAGGUGAUAAGGGUGACAGAGGACAAUGUGGAGCUCCUGGAUUGAAAGGAAAUAAGGGAGUUGAAGGACCUCUAGGACCCAGAGGAGUCAGAGGGGAGCAGGGCCCCCAGGGGCCACCAGGGGACGAAGGACCUGAAGGACAGGAGGGCCCCAAAGGAGAUCAAGGACUUCCCGGAGCGACUGGACCUCGAGGAGAUAUCGGCGUUGGAUUUCCAGGCCCUAAGGGGGACAAAGGAAACCCCGGAAGACAGGGUCCCAUCGGUCCGAACGGAACAGGAGAACCGGGCCAGCUUGGACCACCAGGACUUAUGGGGCCUCGGGGGCUUCCCGGUUUGCCAGGAGAAGGGCUAUUUGGACCAAAGGGGGAACGAGGUUAUAACGGUUCAACCGGAGCACCUGGACUGCCAGGUUUUGGCCUGAAGGGGGAAAAGGGUAAUGUUGGGCCCCCUGGGCCAGCUGGACCCAUAGGGGCUUCUGGAUUGGGAAUUCAAGGAGAAAAGGGAACCCAGGGGCCGAUAGGUCCCCCCGGUCCGAGAGGGAUCCCAGGGAUAAGCAUUGCUGGUGAAAAGGGAGAUCCUGGUCUUCCGGGAGAACGUGGCCCACCAGGAGAGAAAGGCAUCGGGGAGCCAGGAGCCAAGGGUGAGUUCGGCUUACAUGGUGUCCCAGGAAAGCCAGGUUCUCCAGGGGAAGACGGAGCGAGAGGACAAAAGGGUGAAGCCGGCGUUCCUGGGCCUAGAGGACUAGAAGGACUACCUGGUAAAGGUCUACCUGGAGAAAAGGGAGAGCGAGGAGAGAGAGGAGCCAGAGGACAACCGGGAGUCAUAGGGCCGAUUGGCCUAGUGGGGUCCAAGGGAGAACCGGGAGUUUUGGGGUUUCCUGGGCCAACUGGACCUCCAGGAAUUGGGUUACCAGGCAGUAAGGGGGAUCCUGGACUGCCCGGAUUUCCAGGACUUACUGGAGAAACAGGAAUAGGGAUUCCUGGGCCAAAGGGUGAACGAGGACUACCCGGACCUCUAGGACCCCCAGGGCUGAAGGGAGAUGGUUAUCCUGGAUCCCCUGGUCCUCCAGGCCCCAAAGGACAACCUGGACAGCCGGGUCCAGAGGGGACAGGCUUUCCAGGACCUAAGGGGGAUCAGGGUUUUGCAGGUUCUCCAGGACCAGCAGGACUGCCAGGAAUUGGACAUGUAGGCCUGAAGGGUUCUAUUGGUCCGACUGGCCCACCAGGCCCACCCGGGCCCUCAGGAGAGGGAAUCCAAGGCCCAAAGGGUGAGCAUGGAUUUCAGGGAUUAGUUGGACCGAGAGGAGCCCCAGGAGUAGGUUUACCUGGACAAAAGGGGGACCGUGGGGUUUCUGGAGAACGAGGACGCAAGGGAGACAAAGGAGGACAAGGGGAACCAGGACAAACGGGUCCAGUGGGUCGGCCAGGCCACAAAGGAGAACCUGGUCUCACUAGAGAAGAAGUUGUUAAAUUAAUUCGAUCCAUUUGUGGCUGUGGCGUGACUUGCAGAUCCAGCCCCCUGGAUCUGGUUUUUGUCAUCGACAGCUCGGAGAGCGUGGGUCCAGACAACUUCGAAGUCGUUAAGGACUUUGUGAACAGCCUGAUCGACCGUGUGUCUGUCAGGCCCAACAUUACACAUGUAGGGAUUGUGCUGUACAGCCACGUUACUACGGUGAUCGGUGAUCUGCAUCAACCGCUGACCAGCGUCGAGGUGAAAUCCGCCGUACGCCAAAUGCCCUACAUGGGGGAGGGAACCUACACAGGAAGCGCCUUAAAUCAGGCCAAUCAGCUGUUCCGCUCGGGCCGCCCUGGGGUUCGGAAAGUGGCACUGUUAAUUACGGACGGCCAGAUGGACCGACGGGACGUGUUCAAGCUGGAGGACGUGGUGCGAGACGCGCAUGCCAGCGGCGUCGAGAUGUUCGUUAUUGGAAUGGUCAAUCAGAGCGAGCCGUUUUACGAGAGUUUUAAGAAGGAGCUGGAGUUUAUCGCCUCUGAUCCGGACGAGGAACAUGUCUAUCUGAUCAGCGAUUUCAGGACACUCACUGCAUUGGAGGGUAAGCUGUUGGUUCAACUCUGUGAGAACAAUGAUGGCUUGUUCGGUCAAACCCCCAGCCCUGAUCUUCUCCCUGUAACCCCCGGAAUCCCAUUCUACAAUGAGGGACUACUGAGGAGGACGUACAUCCCAACCUUUAGAGCAGACCGCGAACAGCAGCCAGAAGCAUCAGGAGAGAUCUUACAGAGUACCAACACUCCAUUCUUAAAUGGGAAGGACCUGAACAGUCUUGAGCAUCUGUGGCGUAUCACAUACCAUUCUGAUCCAGAAGAUUCCUUACACAGACCACCUCACACCACCAGCACCAUCACCACCCCCGAGCCACGACUAAUACUGAUUCAGGACGAUUUCAGCAAAGACGAUGCCUGCCUGCAGCUGCUCGACCCCGGGCCGUGUCGCGAGUACGUCGUGAAGUGGUAUUACGAGCCCAAGGCCAACUCCUGUGCUCAGUUCUGGUUUGGAGGUUGCCGUGGCAACCGUAAUCGCUUCGACACGGAGAGCAUGUGCCGGAAAUCCUGCGUCGUAAACUAAAUCACCGUCGACCUCGAUGGUCUCGCUUUCUUUAUUAGUGUUACAAGAUCCAAAGGAACAUGGACGCAGUCACAGGUGCUUUCACUGGGCCUCAUUUAUCAAACCUUCACACAAGAAAUUAGUUGAUCAUAUGAAAGAGAGAACGUUCGUAUCACUCAUGCAUUUAUAGACAUUUACAUAUAAAUCGACUCAUUACAGUUUUUCGAAGUUGCUUCGGAGCGUUUCUUGGAUAAUUCUUAGCGUUUUCUCAAACAGCACCACACAAUGGAUUACAUGCAAAAGCCUGAACUUUUCUCUCAAAAAUAAAAAUACUUGUUCUGAUUUCAUUUUCAUCAAGAUAACACGUCCUUUUUUCAUUGUUAAUAAAUUAGAGAGUCAAAAUGUUUAGUCUUGUUGAUUAGACUUAUAUUGAUUGUAAGAGACCGGACAGGAUUCACACUUUUACUGUGAUGUUCCACUGUUCAUUCAUUUCCUGGUUGUCCAUGCAUUUUUUCUGUUUCGAUCUGUCAAUUGAAGGUUCACGAGAUUCACAUAUGACCUUUUAUAGAGAAAUAGUUGGUCAUUGGUUGAUCUGAUGCAAUUCACUUAACAAUUCUUUAACUCAAGACACAACUGACUGAACUGAUGCCGAGACGGUUCGAGGGUUGAGACUAUUCAGGUGAGAACCAGUAUAACAUAUUUUGAUCAACAUAACAUAAAUAAAUGAUAAUGAAGGAAACGAUUGCACACAACGAAUGUCUGAAGCGUUCGCAAUUUGUUCAAGGCAACGAAAAAACGCUCUAAUGAUGUGCACAAUUGGAGGUUGAACAAGUAGUUUUAAGAAUUUUAUCGAAACGCUCCGAAGCUACCGAGAAAAAAACUGUAGCGCAAACUGCUCAGCUUCGAUGAGUUUUUAUGCAAGGAGGAUCCAAUCAAGUUUAAAUCCUGGACAUAGUACAAUUCAAAGAGAUUCGUUUACAGCAAAAAGUAAUGGCGCCCUAUAUAAGAAGAAGGUGUUAGCAGGUAUCCACACUUUUGCCAUAUGUUUUAGGCAUCAUUUGUCUUUUUCACCUUUUAUAAUCUUUUGUGGGUGUGGCCUAAAUCAAUUCAGCCAUGCCAUGAACAUAUUUAUGAUUGAAUUUGCUGAAAACAUUUACAAACGUCGUUAGAUUGGUAAAUAAGGCCCACUGUUGUAAUGGUUGUCUUACAAUAUACAGUUUCCAACAUCGAUAUAAUGGAGAUGUGACUACAAAUAUUGCUGUCUGUCACCAUUCAUUCCAAAGAUGUUCAAUAGGCUUUAAGAUCAAAGCUCCAGAACAUGUCAGUCAAGAUCUUCCACUCCAAACCAUGGCUUUGUGUACAGGGGUGUUGUUAUGCUGGUUUUGGUUUCCUAUUUCAAGUUAUUGGAACAUUCCAUUGCUAUUUCCAUCUCAGACGUCCAAAACAAUUGUGAGCCUCCAACAUUGUGGUAACAGAUUGAAAAACAAUCACAUAUAGCUGGAAAAGUCUGGCGUCCCAAUAUACGUCUUCACUCGUGCAACAGACAACAGAGCUCAUUUCUCUGGAAGACAUCACAGAUGCAGGUUAUUUUACAAGAUCCUGUGCUGCCUUUCUUUCAUUUAAGCACCAUUAUUCUGUACAGGAUUCCAGUCAUGUCAAACAGAGAUGCUUUAUUUUGAAUUCAGUUCCUCAUUCAAUGCAAUUAUGGAUAUUUUAUAUCAAUCAACACCAGGCAAGAUCAAACUGCGUAUUUAAUGCGUAUUUACUCCAAUAAAUCUUCAUGUUUCCUUAUAUACCGUCGAAGCCCCAUUCAUGUCAUAGUGUUCAAGAUUCAGCAAAUAUUUAAUAUGGAACUGAAUAAGUGUUCGCUCCCGUAAGUCAUCAGUGUAACAAUACGGUAAUAUUUAAUUCAUAUUUAAUAUCAUGCUCAUGAGUCGUAUACAAACAGAGCAGGUUUGUAAAAGAAAAAAAGAAAAAAGCCCUUCAUUUAAUUACAUUGAGCACAGAGAAAAGGUAUUAAAGUGCCUUGAUGCCACGAGCUAAUAAUACUUAUAAAGCAAAUAAAACGUUCAAACUCUUGAAUGUUGAAUAGUGAAGAUUCUGCAUUACUUCUAGAUCAACACACACACACACACACACACACACACACACAUUAUAUACAGUAUAUAUAUUUAUAUUUCAAAAGCAGGUUGUAUGAAAUUCUGAAAUCCAUGUUCAACCAAUUUGUUUCUCGUAAUGAAAAUUUAAUGAAAGAAAAAAAAAAUACCACAAAUUUAGUUACUAAAAAACACAAAAAUAGAAGCUUUGUAUUGGGAUGUACACAAUCUACUGCUAAUGGUGAAUUACUGCCGCUUUAAAUCUGUUCUUUCUGUAGUUUCUGUCGAUGUUAAAGCCCUGGCUGCUUAUUGGUUUGUGUUCAUCCACAUGAUAAGCUGGCAGACAAAACAUUUUGAGGGAUUUCCAAUUUAAAAAAUAAACAAAUAAAUACAUUAGUUAAAUACAUCAUGCUCCAUUGAUGGUGUAUUUUCCAGAGGUCAAAACCUGACAAGUGUUUUAAGUACAGUGGAACCCGCUUAUCUCGCCCUCGGUUAUCUCGACAACCCUAUUAAGUCAACGUUUUUGAAGUGGAACUGCCAAAUUCUCGCUUUUUCUAAGCAUUUAUUAUUGGUUA